AUGGACGUCAACGACCCUUUGAAUUUCGAGUUAGAGGAUGAAUUUCUCAAAUCCCCACCCAUAGUUAGCAAUAAAAGGAGGAAGAAGGUUAUUGGGUUGGAUGAUAUUCUUACUGAUCUUUUAAGAGAACAGAGAAAGCUCAAAGAAGAACAGAAUGAGCAGAAAAAGUCAAAGACAAAAAAGGCUAAGAAGGAUUUGAAAGAUUUUGGUGAAGAAGAAGAUAUUCCUCUCUGGGGAGUGAAAGUGUUUGCAGAUAAGAAAGCCUUUCCACCGCUGGAAUUUCCUGAGCUUGGAACCUGCAACCUUCUGCAGUCAUUUUUGAACAGUGAGCUGAAUUCUGUGGUGGAAUUGGCAGUCGAAAAAGGUGAUAACUUUCUUGAAGGAUUGCUCAUCAAUGGUUGGCUUCCAAAAUUAGCAUUCCUCUGUGGUCAUAUAGAAAAACCAGUAGCCAUUUGGUCCUUCAACACAAGUGAGUGGAGUAAAAGACCAGUAUUUUCUGUUGUAGAAGCUGAAGAACUCAUUGAAAUUAUUAUAUGUCUAUUUCUAGAUCGCCAGUUUCAAGGUUUAUUAGUGCUUUUGAAUGAUUUCGUAGAAGCGAUUGUCAAUUACUUCACAGACCAGGAAUGGCAUUCAAGUUGUGAGAACAUAGCAAAAUUCAUUGCUUCCAGAGUCUCAAAGAAUUUGAAUUGCAUCCAAUUUGUUGAGUGCAUACCGGUAGCUAGCUCCCGUUGUAAGCAACUUAAGAGUGCCAUGGUGUAUCAGAACCUACUUUCCUAUUUUGAUGGAGCCCACAAUGAAGAAGACAUCCUGAGAUUGCUUAGGGCAAUUAACUUCAAAGACAAAAGUUGCGAUUUCUUCAAGAUGUACAUUCACCUAGUUUUGACAGAGAACUGGGUUUUAUCCAACUCAUUAAUCGAAGACAAUCCAGUAAUCUAUGAAAUGUUCUGUCUUUUUCUAAGACAAUGCUCUAGCUUGAUUUCAGCAUCGGACCUACGAUCAUAUGCGUCAAUGGUUCGUCAUAGGGCCGCAUAUCUUAUGCACUUCUCCAUCUACAAGUAAUUGAUUU